CUAAUCCAGCUUAUGGCUGAUGAACCACUCUUCCUGUCAUCAUGUCCUUGAAUAGAGGAGGCUGUGCAAAAUCCCUUGCUGAUACAUGUGCUGCUGUCACUGAAGAUAUUUGGAGGGGUUUCUUUUCCUUGAGUUGGUUUGAUUUGAGGUGUAUUUUGUUUUCGGGUUUUAUCUGAGUUUUAGUUGUAGUUUUCUAGGGCAGAGACAAUGGCUUUCUUUGUAAAAAGUAUGAUAAGUAACCAGGUAAAAAAUUUAGGAUUUGGAGGUGGGGCAGAAGAAAAAAAAGAAGAAGGAGGCACAUCUGACCCAGCAGCAGCUCAAGGGAUGACUAGAGAGGAGUAUGAGGAGUACCAGAAGCAAGUGAUUGAGGAGAAGAUGGAAAGAGAUGCUGCGUUUACACAAAAAAAGGCAGAGAGGGCAUGCCUCAGAGUCCACCUCAGGGAAAAGUACAGGCUCCCCAAGAGUGAAAUGGAUGAGACGCAAAUUCAGAUGGCUGGAGAUGAUGUGGAUUUACCUGAAGAUCUUCGGAAAAUGGUAGAUGAAGAUCAAGAGGAGGAAGAAGAUAAGGAUUCCAUUCUCGGGCACUUACAGAAUCUCCAAAACAUGGACUUGGAUACCAUAAAAGAAAAGGCCCAGGCCACCUUCACGGAAAUCAAGCAGUCAGCGGAGCAGAAGUGUUCUGUGAUGUGAGGGUGGGUGGUCAGGAGGGGGAACCAGCCACCAGCCGGAAGCCCUGGCUCCUCUGGGGGCAUGCGAGCAGCACGUAUUCUAACAUAGCAAGCACCAUUAGGAAAACCAUGACGACAAAGUUGUCUAUAAACAUAUAGACAAUAAUUUGGUCACUCUAAAUGUUUCUGGAAGAGCAGCUAGCUAGCCCUUGCAGCAGGAAACAUACUUUCAUUUUAGUGGCUAUAAAAUUUCACCCAUAAAUGGCGAUGCAGAACACAUACCUGCUUAAAGGUCUUUAGGACAACCAAGAAGAAACAAACAAAAGCAAAUGUCAUUUCCUCUUCCUUAUGGGCAGCAUCUCACCGUGUCCAACCACCGGCAGAAUAUCUGGUCCCUACAGAAAAAGAUGUGGAGGGUUGGGGGUGUCCCCCAGGAGCCACAGCUGCAGGCUCCAAGACAAUCAGAGGUUAUGUCACCUCUUACUAUCUGCUUCUUAGUGUUGAUGAUGAUGAUAAUCAUAUUUGGCUCUUUUGGGAGCAGUACUGGGAAUCAAACUCAGGACCUCUCACUUGCCAGGCAGGUGCUAUGCCCCUCAUACUUGACUCUUGGAUGGUCAAAGAUGAGAAGCGGGGUGAGGGGUAGACUUUACCAGCACCAUGAUUGGGCUCGAGAGAGGAAAAGGGGGAGGCAGAAGGCCCACUGGGAAGGGUUACUACUAUUUAGGAGUUGAGUAUAACUCCUCUUGUCUGAAUUUGGUGAGAACAAAGAGGGCAGAGUGUUGAAUUAAAUCUAGCCAGCUCUGGUGGCACAGACCUAUAAUCCCAGCACUCAGGAGGUUGAGGCAGGAUUGCUGUGAUAUUGAGGCCAGCCGGGCUAGUCAUCAAAGCAGGCCUGAUCUGCAAAGUGAGACCCUGUCUCAAAAAGCAAAAUCAGACCACAAAAAUAAAGGUUAACCAAGGGUUCUUUGUCUCUCUGUCCACUCCCUACUUUUUCUCCUUUCCUCCUCUCCUGGGUUUCUGUUCUAUUUUCCCCCCUCUUUCCUCUCCUGUCCCUCCCAACCUCAGCACCUUCCAGUAAGUCACACUGGCAUUCUGUGCCACCAUCUUCCAUCACAGAUAUCAGUAUCUUUUUUCCUACCACGUGUUCUCCCUCAAAGGGAAUUUUUCAAAAGACUUGGUACAUUUGUCCGUGAAACAUCUAGCAUUCUUUAACCAGUAACCAUCAAACCAAAAUAAAAUUCUGAUUUUCCAAAGAAACUACUCAUAGAAUUAGUAAUGCUCAGUGACAACUUUGUCCUGAAGAACUACUCUGUUAAGGAAAAGGGGACUGAGACCAAGAAGUCAGGAGUGAACCUGUUCCACACCCAGAGUUCCUGAAGGCAUUGUAUGGGAGCUGCUAUAUGUUACAAAAAUAUACAAACAGCACAAAUUAUUAGAGCUCCAGAACCUAAAGCCUUGGCAAAGUUUAUUCCUUCGUGGAAAUUCCGAGAGCGCAUUGGUGCAGUAUUUGACACUGAUCAGCCUUGCAAGCCACAAACCUUAGAAUCCUAAGGUGUAUUUUAAGAUCACACUGGUCUUCUGUCAGAACUGCCAUGUAAGUUAUGAUUUGUCUCAUGGAUGAAACUUUAAAAUACUUGUUGCUUUCAAAACUAGAAAAUCAUGGCUUGAUCGGUUUGA